GCUACUGAAGAAAGUAAAUGGACGAUCGCAGCGUCGAACGUCAGCCUGUCUCUCGCCAAGAGAGAAUGUGCGAUAUAUAAGCCACUAACUUGACUCGCCAUUCGGUAGUUUUUUAACUGCACCGCGGACGCACACUUGUACGACAAUGGAAAUUCCGAAAUUAAUUAUAUUGCUGUGUUGCUCAUAUUAUGGCUUUGCAUCACAUGAGUCACAUCACGUCCAAACUAUACCCGUGGAGAACUAUGAAACUGAACUGCAAGUUCUUGGUGAACACGUAGAAAUUCCAGAAACUCCGGUAAGAGUGGUAAAAAUCACCAAAACUGUGGCUGUCAAGGUGCCCGUGCCAUAUCCAGUAAAAGUGAUCGAAAAGGUGCCUUAUCCUGUUCACAUCAAUAAGCCUUACCCCGUCCCCGUGCCACAAAUAGUUAAAGUUCCCCACGUUGAAAGCCCCCAGCAACUGCACGGACAUGAAGCUCUCGGAAGCCAAGGUAGCCACUAUCCUGGCAACUCUUACCAAGUACAAGAAGCACAUGCGCGUGGCGGCCACUCAGACGGAGACUCGUUCGGUCCAGAAAGUCAAUCAUACAACGGAGGCAACUCCGGCCUUAGUCAAAGUUUUUUACCUCACAGUGAUGAGUAUUCUUCCGAAGGAUCAUCUGGUAAUUCUUACGGAGCACCGUCAUCCAGUUACUACGGCGGGAGCGAUGCUGAAUCUUUUGAAUCCAGAAACUACAAUCAAGCAGUAAAACCCCACAAAACUAAUGCAAAUGUCAACACUUUCAAAUACCACUAAUUCAGCAUACCUACUGAUAGGUUUGUAGAAAAGUACCUGACUGGUUUGUUUUUAAACAUUAACCACCUUAUUACUAAACGACAUAACUUUUGUCUGUGAUAACCCUUUUUUUUAUUUCGGACUAUUUUCCAAAAAAAAGCUUGUGUUUAUAUAGUGUAAUUACAAAAAAGAUUAACACACAUUUAAUGCGCGUUUAAGAAAUUUUUGUGCGCGAUAUUUUUUUUUCACAUACGGUUCAAACAUCGUAUCAUUUUUUAUAAUAACACUAUAUAAAUUGUUUGAAAUGCAUAGUAACACUGUAAAUGAAAAAUCAACAGAUAGUGCUUGUACAAACAUAGAUUUAUACUUUCCAUUGGAAAUAACUACCUACUUGUAACGUUGCAGAAGUUUAUAAGAUCGAAAUUGCAUUCCUUAAUUGUUGAUUAUUUCAGAAUUUCUUAGCAACGGGAUAGGAUACUGUCAGCAACGAUGUUUAUGUAGUUUUUAUAUUUAUGAAUGUGAUGAGCGGGCGUGUUGGAACAGUAAUAUUUAUUGUUAAGGCUAUAUUUCUGUUUCUUUUGUUGUUGCUAGAUGUGUAUUGAUAAAUAUAAUUGUUAUUUUGUUUCAAUAAAUUAUGAAUAAGUAUUAAAAAAGUGUUUAUACUAAAUCCAUUUAUUCCACUAUAACUAAUUAAACAUUUAAUUAAAAUAUAUUUUAAUGUAUGGAUUCGUGCAGAAAAUACCUAGUUACAUGUAUAUAACUUCACUACCAUACCGCAACAAAUAUAAUGUUCAUGUAAUGAUUAAUACAAAUUAAACAUCUUACAAUGUAGCUUAAAUUUAGGAAUGCAUAAAGUACUAAAUGUCUAUGGCGGGAAAUUCUUUUGAUACUACGUACGUUACAUAAGAUGAAGUUGUGUAAUAAUAACACUGCACUGUCCAACAAAUAUGUCUUGCAAAAAUGCAAUCUUUUAUCUUAUAAUUAUGUAACGUAUAUCAUUUAUUAUUGUAUAAGCGGAAAUACAUGUAAUGGUAACAACACAAAUUCUAGGAAAAGGAUUAUUAUAAUACAAUUCCAAGGAUGAUAUCUAUUUUCUAUCACAUCACAAUGUUAAAUAACACACAGUUACAUUUACGAUCUAUUAUUAUUUUAAAA